AUGGAGGAAGAGCAAGUGUUGUUGAAGGUUUCACCCACGAAGAGUGUGGUGAGAUUCGGUAAGCGAGGUAAGCUCAGUCCGAGGUAUAUUGGGUCGUUUAAAGUUCUUAAGAGUGUUGGAGAGGUGGCCUACGAAUUGGCUUUACCUCCAGGGUUGUCUGGAGUGCACCCAAUAUUUCAUAUGUCUAUGCUAAAGAAAUAUCAUGAUGAUAGAAACUAUAUAAUUUGCUGGAAUUCGGUCUUGCUUGAUGAAAAUUUAUCUUAUGAGGAGGAUCCUGUAGCUAUUCUUGAUAGGGAGGUCCGCAAGUUGAGGUCAAAGAAGAUUGCGUCUGUGAAGGUUCAGUAG